AUGUAUAUCGAGAAUUACGAGGUUCACCUAGAAGAUGCAUUGUGGAUGGGAUCCGCCAUGGUCAUCGACGAACCCAAUUCGCCCGACGGGACGUCCGUUCCCGAUACAAGACUUGAUAUAGUGGCCAGUAACGCGCUAAUCACGUCCAAUGCUGCCAAUGACCGUCAAGCUGUGGGACAUGUGUCUCCGAAGAAAAGCAAACUUAUGCGCAGUCUAGAGAAGGUCAUCAGCAAAUGUAUUGAACGUCACUGUAAGGCGGGUCAUCCGACUACUGACCUCUUGCGCGAGCGUAUCAGUGCAGCAUUGGAGGGUGCAUUGGAGGGCAUAGAGAUAGACAAUAUUAUGUCGGAUGGCUCCAAAGGUGGAGAGAAACGCAAAAGUACGACGGCAAACAAGAUGUGA